AUUGCUGAAGAUGGGAGCUCUAGAUGUAUCUAAAGUUGUGCAAGGUCGCCAGGGAUGGCGUCUGAUUACGUGUAUCUGGCUCCAUGCCGGGGUUGUUCAUUUACUCAUCAACGUGCUUUGCCUUCUAUUUAUUGGUAUUCGACUUGAACAAGAAUUUGGGUUUGUGAGGAUUGGUCUUGUUUAUCUCAUUUCUGGUUUUGGUGGGAGCUUGAUGUCUGCUCUCUUCAUCCGAGCAAGUAUUUCCGUUGGUGCUUCUGGUGCUUUGUUUGGACUGAUUGGGUCGAUGCUUUCUGAACUCAUCACAAAUUGGUCACUCUAUGCAAAUAAGGUGGCAGCAUUACUAACCCUGGUACUUGUAAUCGUGGUGAACUUGGCCCUUGGGAUACUCCCCAGAGUAGAUAACUUUGCUCAUAUUGGGGGUCUUAUAUCUGGGUUCCUUCUUGGAUUUGUUGUCUUCAUUCGACCACAAUUUGCGUGGAUUAACCAGAGAAGAGUAGCACCUGGACCACAAGCUGCUCCUGCUGAACGCAAGCACAAGACGUAUCAAUAUAUAUUGUGGAUAGUUGCUGCUGUUCUGUUGAUUGUCGGGUUCACAGUGGCUAUAGUUCUGCUUUUCCGGGGAUAUAAUGCGAACGAUCACUGUUCUUGGUGCCAUUAUCUCAGUUGUGUUCCUACUAAAAAAUGGAAGUGCAACUCGUCACCGACAACAUGCACGGCAAUGCUACAGGGAAAUACCUUGAACUUGACAUGUGAAGGCAAAGGGAUAUACCGGAGCUACAUUGUGGCCGAAGCUACGCAAGAUAAGAUAGACCAGCUCUGCAACCAGCUUUGCAGUUAGGAGAACCGGAUUCCCUGAGCUCUCCCAGCUUCUAACAUGAUUUUUAUUCUUUCUGUACAUGAAGAGAAUACUAUUUUAAUAGAAGGUUACUUAUGGAGGGAAA